AUGAAUAUUUUACUAGCAGCUGAUCCACCGUCGCCUCAUGCGGAAUCUAAAGCAAAUUCAAGUAAGAGCCCUAGUUCUACUACAUCCACAAAUAUAAAUUUAUCUAUUGCAUCAGCAGCCUUAUUACAAGAAAACAUGUUGCAAAGAUCUCUACAAGGAGUAGUACUAUCGCUACAAAAUGCGAUGAUGAAUUCAUUACAACAAGCAGCACUUUUGCCGUCUAACUCUGCUGCAGCAGCUGCUUUAAACUUGCAAGCUUUAGAAUCGUAUUUAACAUUGCAACGUCUGACUUCUGUAUCUUCGGUUAAUACAGUUCAACCAAAUACGUCAGAAACUAGUUCAUCAUCUAAACAGGAUAUUUUAAGAAUAGCGACGGCAAGUGCAAAAAUAAGUGAAAUAGAUGCAUCUGACACCUCAAAAGAAUUCUCACCGAAAACACCUGAAGAAUAUCCACUUUCUGAUGCAAUAGCUGCUGAAGAUGUUGACUUGUCAGAAGAAGUAGAAGAAGACUUAGCCCUUCUUGACAAUGAAGAUGAAUUUACUUUGGAGCAACACUUAGAAUCAACAUCAAAAAGUUAUGGAUAUGGCUCAUCACAAAGUUUAGACAAUGGAUACCCUAGUCUUCUAAUGAAUGCAAUGUAUCAGCAACAAAUGAAUGGAAGUCCAUCACAAGCCCCUCUGUCUCCGCAGGCAUCAAACUCUUCAAAAUCCACCAAUAGUUCCACGUCGUCAACGGGAAGUAGUGUGUCUAAUAAUAAUAAACAAAAAACAGGUGGGGGUGGACCUAGGACAAAGAAACAAUUCAUCUGCAAGUUUUGUAAUCGUCAAUUCACCAAAUCUUAUAACUUACUAAUUCAUGAAAGGACACACACAGAUGAACGGCCAUACUCGUGUGACAUUUGCGGGAAAGCUUUCCGACGGCAAGACCACCUUCGAGACCACAGAUACAUCCAUUCAAAGGAGAAACCAUUCAAAUGUCUAGAAUGUGGAAAGGGUUUCUGUCAAUCAAGAACUUUAGCUGUCCACAAAAUAUUACACAUGGAAGAAUCUCCUCAUAAGUGCCCAGUCUGCAGCCGAAGUUUUAACCAAAGGUCAAAUUUGAAGACCCACUUGCUCACUCAUACAGACAUCAAGCCUUAUAACUGUUCAUCUUGCGGCAAGGUAUUUAGAAGAAAUUGUGACCUAAGACGUCAUAGUCUGACUCACAACCUUGUUGGUAUUUCUUCGGUGAAUACUUCUCCAAGUGGCAGUAAUGGCAAAAGUCCUCUUCUAAAUCCAAACUUUCCAAUCGACAGCUUAGAUACGGAAGAUGAAAAUUAA